AUGGCGUCCGACGAGCUAGCAACAGGACUGAAAGCGACCAAAGGCAUUGAAUUCCUCACAGCCCCCACUCCCAAUGGUAUCAAGGUGUCGAUUCUGCUCGAAGAGCUCAAGGAGGCCUAUGGCAAAGACUACACCUGGCAGAGCAUCAACCUCUAUAAAAGCGUCCAGAAAGAGCCGUGGUUCAUCGCAGUGAAUCCCAACGGACGCAUUCCCGCCAUUGUCGACCAUGACAAGGGUGGGUUCGCGGUCUUUGAAAGUUUAGGCAUUCUACUCUACCUCACCCGCCAGUACGACCCAGAGCACCGCUUCUCCUUCGCCGACCCCCUUGACAUCUCCCGCUCCGAGCAAUGGUUGGCCUGGCACCACGGCGGCGUCGGCCCCAUGCAUGGCCAAGCCAACUACUUUUCCCGGUUCGCCAAAGAGAAGAUCCCGUUCCCCAUCCAGCGCUACGCCGGCGAGGCGGAGCGGCUGUACGGGGUGCUGGACCACCAUCUUGAGGGGCGGGACUAUAUCGUGGGGGAGGGGCGGGGGAAAUACAGUAUUGCGGACAUAGCGAAUUUCGGGUGGGCUGCCUUCGGACUCGCUACGGGGUUGGAGAUAGAGCGGUUUCCGAACUUGGUGAGGUGGGUGACGGAGUUGGAGAAACGGCCGGCGGUACAGAGGGGUAUUGCGGUGCCAUAUAAGACGAAUCUGACGCAUUCAGCGUACAAGAAGAAGUUAGAGGAGGAGCCGGAGACGAGGAAGGAGUUUGAGGGGUUUGUGGAGCUUAUAACGAAAGCAAAGGAGCAGUACGAGUAUAAGUACACCUCUCCUUAA